UUUAAGUUAGUUUAACGUUGAAUUUUGUACAGUUAACAUCAUGGAUAAAAUCUUUUUGGCUAUUAUUUUGUGUCUGUUACCAUUCUCAUUGGCAAAUAUAAGUACUGUUGAUGGUAAAGUUAAAAUAACCAUUGGUUCAACAGCCGGUUGCAGUGAUACAGUACGUUUUAUUAAUCAACAAUUAGUACCGGCAUUUGAAUUAUACAGUGAAUAUUUGAAUAUCGAAUACUUUCCUUGGGGAAGGACAAGACGCGAUGACAAUGGCACAUUGAUCUGUCAAUUCGGAGUGAACGAUUGCUGGGCAAAUCGACUACACAGAUGUGCACUACAUCUUCUAGAUAACCAAGAAGCACAAUUAGAAUAUAUGAUAUGUGAAUUUUCAAGCCCUUAUCCAGCAUUCUUACAGAAUAGCUACCAAUGUGCAGAAAAUGUUGGAUUAAGUAUCAAUAAUAUUGAAAAUUGUUUCGCAACAGAUAAUAAUGAUCUUGAAAGUAUAUCAGAGAAUGCGUCGUUAAUUCCUAUGCAAGUGAUAAAUUUUGUACCUUUUAUUACUUUAAAUGAUGUUAUUGAUUUGGAUGUACAUAAUCAAGCAAGACAGGAUCUCGUCAAACUUAUAUGUACCGCGUUAUCUAAUGAUUCCUCCACUGGGAUCAGCAUUAACGACUGUUAAACGUAAAAAAAAACGAUUAAUUAUUUUGUAUAAUCGAUUUCAAUGAAUUAAA